UAUUCAGUUACAAUUGUCUUGUGGGCUACAGGCUACAUUAGCCCAUGGACCAGCCCAGUUACAUCAUCAGCCCACCAUUCAUCCCCCAGCAAGUCGCCGUCGCCUUCUUCCCUACCACCCCACCCUCGGCGUCGGCGGCGAAGACAACAGGAGAUGUCGUCGUCGGGGGCGGCCGGGGCGCAGCAUCUGCCGCGGACGGAGUCGCGGGAGCUGUCGGGGCACGAGGGCGCGGUGCUGGCCGUGCGCUUCAACCGCGAGGGCAACUACUGCCUGAGCUGCGGCAAGGACCGCACCCUCCGCCUCUGGAAUCCCCACACCGGCGCCCUCGUCAAGACCUACAAGUCCCACGCCCGCGAGGUCCGCGACGUCCACUCCUCCUCGGACAACGCGAAGCUGGUGUCAUGCGGCGCGGACAGGCAGAUCUUCUACUGGGACGUUGCCUCGGGCCGUGUCAUCCGCAAGUUCCGCGGGCACAACAGCGAGGUCAAUUCAGUGAAGUUUAAUGAGUACAACACUGUUGUAGUCUCAGCUGGUUAUGACCGUACUGUGCGUGCGUUUGACUGCAGGUCGCAAAGCAGUGAUCCAAUUCAGACUAUUGAUACUUUCAAAGAUAGUGUAAUGUCAGUUAACCUAACAAAGACAGAAAUAAUUGCUGGCAGUGUUGAUGGUACUAUCCGGACAUUUGACAUCCGCAUGGGUAGGGAGACUGUUGAUAAUCUGGGGCAUCCUGUGAACUGUAUAUCUUUGUCAAAUGACAGCAAUUGUCUUUUAGCUAACUGUUUAGAUUCUACUGUGAGGCUUCUAGACAAAUCCUCAGGCGAGCUGCUACAAGAGUACAAGGGGCAUGCAUGCAAGUCAUUCAAGAUGGAUUGCUGCCUGACCAAUGAUGACGCAUUUGUUGUUGGUGGAUCUGAGAAUGGUUAUGUUUUCUUCUGGGAGCUAGUGGAUGCACCUGUUAUUGCAAGCUUCCGGGCACACAGCUCCGUGGUCACCAGCAUCAGUUACCACCCCACAAAGGCCUGCAUGUUGACUUCUUCUGUGGAUGGCUCUGUUCGUGUUUGGACCUGAAGAGGCAUCGUUAUCUGUUCUAAUUAUUCCGGUGGUGGCAAAGUAGUCUCCAAACCAUCGCCAAGCAGCAAGGAUUAAGGAAGAUGAAAGAUGUUUGCAUGUUCUAGCCUAAUGGGAUUCCUGGCUCCUGCCCACCAUUACUAUUUCCUAGCAGUAGGUCUUAAGCCACGGUCCCUUGGAGAAGCCUCGCCUGUGUAGGAGGAAGCUAUCCAUGGAGCCAAAGCCUAUGCAGGCGGUAUCUUUGACAUGUAUACACACUUUGUGAAUUGCAUGCACAACAUAAUACGUCUUGAGAACAUUGUUA